CCGGGGCCGCAGCGCAGCCGUGGGCCCCACGCCGCCCGGCCCGCGCUAGCCCCUGGAGUUGGGCCUCGUCUCCUGCGUCCGUGGCGUCGUGGUUGGAACGCGAUGGAAGAAAAGGAGCGGCGCGCCCGGCUGCCCUCGGCCCUCCGGUGUUGAGGCCUGGUGGGCAUUUGCAGGGAGGAAAACACACAGCGAGAAAAAUCGGGGUUUUCGGAGCGGCGGGCGGGGAAACGGAAACGAGGGCUUAACAGUUUUUUAGAUGAUUUUUUAAAAAAAAUUCUGCACUUUGAUAGUGGCGGCGGAAUAGACUGAACCAAAAGUUAUUUUUCUAUUGAGAAGAGGGAAGAGGUGGGCUCUGCGUUUUAUCCGCUUGAUUGCAACCUCUUCUCCCAGUGACAAAGCAGAAGUCAUGGGCCCCGGGGAGUGAGGUGGACCUCGGGAGUCCGGGUGGACUGAGUGGUUCCAUCUUCCUCCGGAGGGGAGAGGGGUGGUGGCAGCUUUCUCCGGAACCGAAAACGAAAAACAUGAGUUGCGUGCCAUGGAAAGGAGACAAAGCCAAAUCGGAGUCGCUGGAGCUGCCCCCGGCGGCACCCGCACAGAUCUACCACGAGAAGCAGCGGCGGGAGCUCUGUGCCCUCCACGCCCUCAACAACGUCUUCCAGGACGGCCAGGCCUUCACGCGGGAGACCCUGCAGGACAUCUUCCAAAGGUUGUCCCCAAACACCAUGGUGACGCCCCACAAGAAGAGCAUGCUGGGAAACGGCAACUACGACGUGAACGUCAUCAUGGCAGCGCUUCAGACCAAGGGCUACGAAGCCGUUUGGUGGGACAAGCGCAGGGACGUCAGCGUCAUCGCGCUCGGUAACGUCGUGGGCUUCAUCCUGAACCUGCCCUCCAGCCUGUGCUGGGGGCCGCUCAAGCUGCCCCUCAAGAGGCAGCACUGGGUCUGUGUGCGCGAGGUGGGAGGGGCCUACUACAACCUCGACUCCAAACUCAAGACGCCCGAGUGGAUCGGAGGCGAGAGCGAGCUCAGGACAUUUCUGAAGCAUCAUUUGCAAGGAAAGAACUGUGAACUUUUGCUGGUGGUACCAGAAGAGGUGGAAGCCCAUCAGAGCUGGAGGGCGGACGUGUGACAGCCCCACCUGGCCCCGCCCCAGUCCCACCCAGGCUCACCUUGGCCCCGCCUUCCGGUCCUGUGACAGCCCCACCUGGCCCCGCCCCAGUCCCACCCAGGCUCACCUUGGCCCCGCCUUCCGGUCCUGUGACAGCCCCACCUGGCCCCGCCCCAGCCCCGCCCCCCAGUCCUGGUGUGACAGCCCCACCCAGCCCCGCCCCCAGUCCUGUGUGACAGUCCUGCCCAGCCUCACCUCGGCCCCGCCCUCCAGUCCUCUGCUGUGCUGUGGCCUCCACAGUGGGGCCGCCCUUGCCCCCCAAGCAUCUCAUCGGGGUCCCUUCGGAUUCGGCAGUGCAGGACGGACGUGUGGCCGCUGUGGGAGCCACCCAGCCUGUGCUCCUGGAAGGGAAGGCAAGCAGGAAGAGGCGCGUGGGGCUGCUCAGGCUCGCCCGGGCUCUGCUGCAGGCGCCACCGCCGCUCCAGACUCACCUCUGCCUUCCCUCCCGGCGCAGCCGCGGGUCUGAGGACACAGGAUCGCAAAGCCGUGUGACCGGCUCAAAGGACCCAGAACACAGGGGUCUCUCAGGAAACGUCUCCAAAGCCCCAGCGGCAGCACCCAGGCCGUCUCCCGCCCUUUACCCCGUUUUGAAGGGUCGUCUAGCUCGCCUCAGAUUUUACCAUGAGAAGGUCCCUAAGGCCCCAAGCCCGCGGGGGAGGCCAGGCCUCAGAGGAGGUGGCUGGGCCACGCUGGGAGCGGCGUGGCGUGGUGGCUGCUGCUCUGCGCCUGGUUCUUCCCUGCCAUUCCACCACAUUGACUGAGGAGGCCGUGGGGCCACAGACCUCUCUCCCAGAUGGCCCUGCUGGCAAAAUCGGAAAAAAAUAACUCAGCUUUUGACAUCAAACCCUACUAAUUUGGGAUGGAGCUGGUGAAGGAAGAACACACGUAGUACAGCAGCCAGGAUUGGUGGAAGCCGGAGCUGCCAGUGAGGCAGAGCCUGGAGCUGGGCGGUUGUGCAGCACAGGCCGCUGGCUGACCCGCCCCUACCUCUUGAAAUAGCUGUAGGCCACUCUUCUCCCUCAACUUUGGAAAACAGAGUAGAGGAAGUAAGAGUACCCCCAGGGCCCGCAGAGUGCCCGUGGUUGCCCAGAGGCAGGUCAGUCUCCAGAGGCCUGAGAGCGGCCGCUGGCCACGCUCACGUGGAGCGGCUCCCCCGGCACUCGAGUGCAUGUCCACACCAGCACUUUCUCUGCACAUGCGCCGUCUGGCCGUGUCCGAUGCUGAGUGACAAGCCACAAGCAGCCGUUGCAUUGCGCCCUGGGCCACUGGCUGCAGUCCCAUCUUCCAGCAGACCUGCUUGGCACCCAGGGAGCUCCUCGCCCUGCACAACCUGCCAGCCGCCACAGCCAGAACCCCAGCCCACCUUGCUCGUCACAGGCAGGCCCUGGGUCCUCUGGCGCCGGCGGUGACAGUAAGCCAUCUCUGGGGAGGAAGCUCCUCUGCACACCCUGCCCGGGCUCCCGGGAGCCCCCUGCAUGCAGAGCCCACGCGCCGAUGGGAUAUGCAGACGCUUCGACAUUCAGGGCCGGUUUCUCUGCUCAUAUCCGAUCUGGUGCUUAGGAACAGGGACCCAGGCUGACGCCCAAGGGCAGGAAGCCCACUUCCUGCAGGGGAGGGAGGCCCGGCCCUGAUGCCCAGUGAGGGGCAACCCUAGGCUUGUUUUGCUUUUGUUCCCUUUUUUUGUUGGCCUUGUGCUGGGUUUGUUUACAGAAGAUGUAUUUUGUUUAACCAAAUAUUAAAAAUGGAAAACUACAUA